AUGGAAAUGUAAACACUUUUAUGACAGAAGGAUUGUCCAAUGUUUCCACCCUUCUUGUGAAUGAAGAAACCAAUACCUUAUUUGUUGGAGGCAGAGACACAGUAUUUGCUCUUGACUUGAAUAAUAUUUCUAGAGAAGUAGCCAGGAUGAGGUGCCAGAACUACAUCCUCUUCAUCCACAAGAUAAAUGACUCUGACUUGUAUGUUUGUGGAACCAACGCCUAUCACCCAGCCUGUGACCACAUGAUUAUCCACGGGACAAACCUGAGCUUGCAGGGAAGAGCUGAAGAGAGCAGAGGGAAGUGUCCCUUUGAACCCACUCUGAAGUAUGCCUCUGUUUUUGUUGAUGGGGAAUUUUAUUCAGCUACUUCAAAUAAUUUCUUGGGAACAGAACCUAUAAUACUUCGCAGCAUGAGAAAUCCUGUGAGAACAGAGUUCACAACCUGGUGGCUAAAUGAACCAAGCUUUGUCAACAUGGAAAUAGUGCACGAAAGUGAAUCUAAUCCACGUGGAGAUGAUGAUAAAAUUUAUGUGUUCUUCACUGAAACAGCUGUUGAAUUUGAAUUCUAUGACAAGCCCCUGGUGUCCAGAAUCGCCCGUAUCUGCAGGGGUGAUGUUGGUGGGAAACGCCUCCUGCAGAGGAGAUGGACAUCGUUCCUAAAGUCCCGCCUCUCCUGCUCCCUUCCAGAGCUCAGCUUCCACUUCAAUAUUGUCCAGGACAUCUUUUUCCUGAGGAGAAGAAAGUGGCAGGACAGCAUAUUUUAUGGGAUUUUCUCCCAGCAAUGGGGAAGAUUAGAGAUCUCAGCUGUUUGUGCAUACAGCAUGAAAGAUAUUCAGGAAGUCUUCUCCAAAGGAAGCUACAAAGGACCAGUAACUGUGGGACAUUUCCCUGUGAAGUGGAUGGUGUACAGGGGAGAGGUGCCAGUUCCACGUCCUGGUGCUUGCAUUGAUAAUUUUGCCCGGAGUUUGGGGUAUAACACUUCAUCUGACUUGCCUGACAAAGUUUUGCAGUUUGUUAGAGAUCACCCUCUGAUGGAUAAUUCUGUGAAUCCAAUGGGCAACAGACCCCUGCUGCUGAAGAGAGGUUCCAACUACACCAAGAUUGUCGUGGACAGAGUCACUGGGCUGGAUAAACAAACGUAUGAUGUGAUGUUUCUAGGAACAGAUGCUGGGUAUUUGCAUAAAGCUUUCCACUGCGACGGGGAGACGUUCAUCGUGGAAGAGCUGCAGCUCUUUGGCUCUCCUGAGCCCAUCCAGUCCCUCCAGCUGUCUGCUGAAAAG